GGGGGGGGGGGGGGUAUAAGAGAGAGCCAGCACAUCAAAACAAACAGUUCAGGACAUAAACUCGGUCAUCAGUCUUGGGAUUCCAAGGCUGGCAAAUGUGUCCUCAUAUGGCGCCCUCUCUGUGUUAAAAGACUGCUGUAUUCUUCCACAAAAACAACUGAAGAUCCCUGGAUAUAACACAAAGAUAACAGCGUAUGUAAAUAAAAAAAAUAAUUCAAAGUAUUUCAUUGAUAAAAGAGCCUUCAUGAAAGACGCUGAGAUUAUGGUUCUCGCAAGCAAUAUGCAGUAGGUGUGGGUUUAGAGGCUCAGUCUGAAAGCGUCUCAGUGAUUCCUUCAAACACACUUAUUGUUCUGACUAAAUACCAAAUAUCUGCCUUCUCCAACUUGUCUUGAAACUUGUCCUCACAAAACAUUUGCCUUGUCCAAGUGGAGGACUGCCGAUGUUAAACGUAUCAGCUUUGGUUCAGAUGCCUCUUCUGUUGAUUUGUACUUUUCACUUCGAAGUUGAGAAGUUUGACUUUUGAUGCCUCCUUCUGAGGAGCCUUACCAAUUUCCUUUCUUCUCAGCGAGAGUUCAAGUUUGAUGAUUGGAACCUGGACAUUAUUACAUGUUCCAACAGGACAACAAUGCUGAACAAUGUUUUUAUGUGAAACCAUUCACAUAAAAAAAUUCACAGUAACUAAAAUCUGUUUACAUCAGCAGCUUGUAACUCCCGGUCACACAGGGCCAGCCUGUCAACCAUUGAUCGGAAUGGUUUGUGUGAAACCAUUCACAUAAAAACAAACAUGUGCUCAUAACCUUUAUAUUUAAAACUCCAUACAGUUUUUUCCCCUUUGCUUGAAUAUUAGACCAUCAAAAAUAAUUUCAUUAUCAAAAGCAUAAAUUUCAAUGAGUUUCCUGCCCAGGAUCUUUGUAUCAAAGCUUCUGAUCUGUGUAGAAUCUUGAAAACCAAAAAUGGAAAUGCAUAGCCUACAUCACCUUUGCACAAUUAUGUUUUUUUUAAUGAUAUGACAUCUUUUCCUCUAUAUAUUUACUUUGUAACACGUAAAUCAAUGCUCCUACACAUAUGGAUGAACAGCGGUUUGAACAUUUAUACCGUAAAUUAUAAGUAUGGCUGAAUAUGUGUGUCUGGGUGUUGGCACAGAUUGCCUACACUAAUGAGAGACUUUAUAGAUUAGUUCAGUCAUUUAUUACUCACUUUAAUUUAAUCUUGAGGAAGCAGAUGUUGUUAGGCCACAAGCACAAUCAUCUCUCACAAUUGGUUAUCUUUUUUUCCCCCUUUCCUCUCUUUUGUGCUUUCUUCCUUCCACUUCUUGUCAGGGUGCAUGCCUGUGUGCUAGCAUGCAAUGAACCUAAGAAAGUGAAGGUAAAAAAAAAUACAAAUAAAAAUGCUGGACACAUCUGCAAGGUCAGCUCCAUCUGUAAAAGACAUCAGAAGAGCCAAGAUAACAACUGGCAAAGUACUUAAUGAUGCCUCAUCUGUUUGGUAUUUUCUGUACUGAACAGAUUCAGCUCAGUUAGCUGUCAGCUGUCAUGCUUUUAUUUAAUUUUCCCUCAGCGCACAUGACACAGAAACAAAUGCAUACAUGUUUGACACUGUAUGCAUUGUCAAACAUGCAUACGAUGCGUUUUGAUACCUUUUAAUCAGCCAGAAGUAUCAACAAGUGAUUGAGAGAGAAUCAAUCACUUGUGGGUGUUCAGUUCUUUUGGGGGAAUGAAAAAGUCUGUGCCAUUUCUUGAAAUUUUCCUGCGUCAUGCAGAUAGUAAAGCUGAUAUCUUUUAACACAACCGAACAGACUGCACAUGGCUUCAUGUGUCCACAAAAAAUAAAGACUGUUAAACAAUGAGGGGUUCCUUUUGGAGGGUCUAACAACACAGCUGGUGGAUGAAAAACAAAUCGUUAAAUUGGGAAUCAAACAGCAAGCCACUGUCCUGAACAGUAAUGUUUAUACAAAACCCCCAGAAAAUCACAAUAAAUAUUGUCUGAAUUAAAUAAAGCAAAUUAAAACCUGGCAAACUAAGUUUGCAAAUAUAAACCAAACUACAGUGAUUAGUCAAACAGUCUGAAUUCAUUUCAGUUCAAUUUACUGAUAAAGCACCAAUCCACAAGAAGUGUUGUCUCGAGGCACUUUAAAAAAUAUUCAAUUCAAUCACGCAUACAUUCCAAUUGAUCCUAUUAUCAAAGAGUAACACAACCUCAAUUAAAUAUUCAAAGUAGUUUUAAAAAGUUUCUAUCUUAUAAAGCCCAACAGAUUGCCUCAAGUCAUUGACUUGUAGCAUUCACUCAACCUGGAUGAGCUCAUUGCGACAGCAGAAAAUCACUUGGGUUUUAUUGCUGAAGAGUGAGAUGCCCCCCUCUAGGAAAGAAAAACAGCCAAAGAGAAUGCCAGACCAGGUGUAGCUUCUACAGAGAGAAAAAUAAGAGAGAUAAAACAAAGUUCACAGCUGAACAAAUGUCAAGUUGUGCAAAUUGGAGAGUGAUGGAUGAAGGAAAUUAGAAAAAGUGAUCAGUUUAUCUUCCAGUAGCCUAAGCCUAUAGCAUAAUAAUGACACCCUGAGAGUUUUAAAAAUCUUUUAAUUUGACCAACAUUUUGAUUCUGAGUGGAAGGGAUGUUAAUGUUUUGGAGUGGCCCAGCCACUUGUCGAUUAUCUCUAGAAACUAGGGUCAUUUCUUGAACCUCUUGGUUCAAUUUUAAACUCUUACAUCUUAAUCAGCCAGAGGUAUCAACAAUUUUGAGCUAAACUGCAAAUAUGCUGUGUAGUGAAUCAGUUUACAUUCAUACCACUUAUCCUAUGCUGUAAGCAGAAUAAGAAGUUAAAAUACAGUUAAAAGUUACAGUUUUAUGUAUUGUCUGUAAAACAUAACAAUGCCUUUUCCUUUGUAUAGACAUUUAAGGCCACAAAGUGAUAUACAACAAGACACAUUUAACACCUUGCAAAUACUUUUAUGUGCAGUUUUGCUGCUUUUGAAUUUAAGAAGUAACCUAAGGUGGUGGAAAUUGAGAACAGACUUUUUUUUUACUUCAAGAAUAAAUUGGGCUUUGAUAUAUUUAUAAGUUGCCUAAUUGAAACUGUCCUGUCUGUGAGGAAUGACCUUGUUUAAAAUGAGAGUGUAAGCUGAUGUGUGUGCGUGCGUGUGUGAGCACGAUGUGGGGAUGGGGGCAGAGGGAGGCUGGCACGCCCAAGCUAAAGUACUGAAUGACGUCCGUCUGUUGUGUCUUCUGUAUCGGUGCGCCCUGCUAUUGGCGGACUAUUGGAAAAAUAAAGCAAUCAGCGGCGCGCCAAAGGCGGGUGGAUCGCUGGUUGAUAAAUCCAGAUCUCUCUCCCGUGGGCGGGAACGGCAACAGUAGAAGAGCGAAAGUGAGGCGCAUGAGUAGCGAGAGAGAGAAAGAGACGUGGAAGAACCGAGGCUGUGGCGGCGGCUGUGGUUGACCGGGGUCCGCGGAGGGGGCGAGGCGUCCGCCCCUGCAUGCGACUUCAGCCGCGCAUGGACGACCACCUCAGUCUCCUGCAAUCACCCCCGCCGAGCGCAACCAAAACCAGAGGCGACAACCUGGUGAACCACGGCUACACCGAGACAGAGACCGACGUGAUGACGGUCGUGGCGUGUGACAACAUGCUGGAGGAGUCGGCGGCUUUGCCGGGGCACCACUCUCUGGACCGAUACGAGCCGGACCAUGAGUGCUGCGAGCGGGUGGUCAUCAACAUCUCUGGGUUGCGCUUCGAGACGCAGCUGAAGACGCUGUCACAGUUCCCAGAGACGCUGCUGGGGGACCCCAAGAAGAGAAUGAGAUACUUCGACCCCCUCAGGAACGAAUACUUUUUUGAUCGGAACCGACCCAGCUUCGAUGCCAUUCUUUAUUAUUAUCAGUCAGGCGGGCGCAUCAGGAGACCUGUUAACGUGCCCAUUGACAUUUUUUCUGAGGAGAUCCGCUUCUACGAGCUGGGCGAGGAGGCUAUGGAGAAGUUCAGAGAGGAUGAGGGCUUUAUUAAGGAGGAGGAGCGGCCGCUGCCUGAUAAUGAGUUUCAAAGGCAGGUGUGGCUGCUCUUUGAGUAUCCAGAGAGCUCGGGUCCCGCCCGGGGAAUCGCGAUAGUGUCUGUCUUGGUCAUUCUCAUCUCCAUUGUCAUCUUCUGCUUAGAGACGCUGCCGGAGUUCAGGGACGAGAACAGGGACCCGAUCACCAUUGCGCCUCUGAUAAAUGGCACGCUGCCCUAUUUCAUUAGCCCCUUCUCAGACCCCUUCUUCGUGGUGGAGACGCUAUGCAUCAUCUGGUUUUCAUUCGAGCUGCUGGUGCGCUUCUUUGCAUGCCCGAGUAAAGCCACGUUCUCCAAAAACAUUAUGAACAUCAUUGACAUCGUUGCCAUCAUUCCCUACUUCAUCACCCUGGGCACGGAGCUGGCAGAGAGGCAGGGGAACGGACAGCAGGCCAUGUCUCUGGCCAUUCUGCGCGUAAUCAGGCUUGUUCGGGUGUUUCGCAUCUUUAAGCUUUCGCGGCACUCCAAGGGCCUCCAGAUUUUAGGGCAGACUCUAAAGGCCAGCAUGCGCGAACUGGGGCUGCUCAUCUUCUUCUUGUUUAUCGGGGUCAUCCUCUUCUCCAGCGCUGUCUACUUCGCCGAGGCAGACGACCCGGAAUCGGGGUUCAACAGCAUCCCGGACGCGUUCUGGUGGGCGGUCGUCACCAUGACCACCGUGGGUUACGGGGAUAUGCACCCCGUGACGAUCGGGGGCAAGAUUGUGGGAUCCCUGUGCGCGAUCGCGGGUGUGUUGACCAUAGCGUUGCCCGUGCCCGUCAUCGUUUCCAACUUUAACUACUUCUACCACAGAGAGACUGACGGGGAGGAGCAGGCGCAGUAUCUGCACGUGGGGAGCUGUCAACCCCUGGCGGACACGGAGGAGCUGAGGAAGACUCGGUCUUCCUCCUCACUCAGUAAAAGCGAGUACAUGGUGAUAGAGGAGCACGGGAUCAACAGCGCGUUCAAGCAGCAGCCAAACUUCCCGACCACCACGACCACCGCUCAGAACAACUCUCAGAACUGUGUCAACAUAAACAAAAAGAUCUUCACCGACGUGUAGCCAGCUUUACAGUAAAUGACCCCUGGGCACAGGAGGACGUGAUGAGUCAAAACUUAUAUGCAGCAGCGUUUGGAAGCAACGGCAGAUAAAAUGAGAGCGAAAGGGGGGGAUAAAAAUGGGCACAGCCCGUCUGUUUUAAAGAGAUGCUUUGUGCGCCAUUCCAACAAUUUGAAUUUUUAAAAAAAUCGAUAUAUUUAAGUAAUUCUUGCUUGCAAAAAGAGAACGACCUCCACCUUCAUAUCUACUGUUGUUCUCUGAAUGAGCGGUAACGAACCUGCUGUGCGCCGUGCAGUGACCAGUAUGUUAAGCACAUUACAACAGGUAGAGAUAAAAGCUGUAUGACUGUGAAAAACGAGUACAAGUAGAUACUUCUGAGAAAGGACGCUCACACGGUGUUAUCAUGCGUCAAGAGUCGUGAUUCGACAGUAAUAGCCUAUAUGUUUAAUAUUCGGAGUCAUUUAAAUAUGUGUAGCCUCUGUGUGUGGUCAAGCAGAGAUCAUGUCAGAAUGACGUAGUCCAGCAUAAUAUAUAUCUAUGUCAUAUAAACCGUUUUGUGGUAUACCUUUAUUGUGCGUUAAAGUCUAGUCUAAAUACUACUGUCUUAAAAAAAAUAAUCCAUAGAUAUAAAUUGUCUUGGUAGGCUAUUUAAUGCGUAAGCAGCUCCACGUAAACCACCAGAGUCAAGACGGCCGUCAGGGUCUCAUUAUAGAUACUAUACACACGUGAGGAGGGAGAGAAAAUAGGGCGCGUUCUCCGAUCAAAGAUGGGGCGCGUUUCUCUUGUGGUAACCUCGAAUAUAGCCCGCUGUGAUGCAGUCUCCAUGGUGACGCGUGUUUCCUCGGUAACCCUUCCCCCCUCCCCAAGUCACCGUUGCCAUAGCAUCACUGUUUCCACAGUAACCUCCCAGAUGGUUUCAAAGCUAUAUUGGAGAUUCAAGUGUGAGUGGCUUGUCUUUUCGGUGUCUUAAUCAAUCAGACCAAAACAUAUUCAGAUUCAACGACUGUUAAAGACUGCCGGUACAAAAAAAAAAAUUAAAAAAUUCAGUGAAGACCUCAGCCACUCUGAACUGGUCAACAAUCCCGAGCCACGACUCAAAACGGUGUUGUGGUGGGAGACUGAAAGGAAGAGGCAGCGUGUGAAGAAUUAUGAAUGGACUGGGAAUACGUUGCACGACUGUCCCGAGUGCACUACUGCGGGUGGCCAUCGGAGGAUGCUGUUCCACUGACAAAAAAUGGUGAAAGAAUUUGUUUCUGCUCAGACGUCCCGGAUCCCCUGAUGAUCUCAUUUCAGUUGCCUCCCUUCAAGGAUGCAGAGACUUCGUUCUGGUUCUGUUGGACUGGAUAGGCCUGGUGGAUUUGAUCUACUUCCCCUGCCUUCUUAAUUUCAACGGGUGCCCUCCAAUUGGUGACUAGUAAUUCUCCCACUUUUCAAUUCAAAAUGCAUAAUCAACAGGCACAUAAAGCUGUUCUCAGAACAUUUUGUAGCACACAGUUUGGACUUGAUACUCUAUGAAUGGAGCUUUUGCAGGGUCAAAGGUAAUUUAGAUGUAAAAAAAAAAAAAAAAAAAAUCAUCUGGACAUUUUCUAAAUGGCAUACAAUAGUUAAGCACAGCAAACUGCCAGCAUUUUUGCAAAGCACCUUUCACUUUACGGGGACUUUGUUGUUGUUUUUUUUUUAAACUUUGUUUUUUAUUUAUUUUCCCCCAAAGGUGAUAAUAAUCAUGGACAAUAAAAAAAUAAGAAAUAUUUGAAAGCAAGUUUAAAAAAAGAAGUGGCAAAAAAAACUGAGUCCAUCUGUGAUUAGACUGAUAUGAAACUGUGAUACCAAUCAAAGACUGUUAGCCAUAUGCCUUUGUUAUAUGUGUGUGCUCUGUAUUGCUAAAUAUGUGAAACAGACACAUUCUCAUGUGUGCUGGUUGCUGCUAUUCUUUUGACAUAUUCAUGAAGAACAACGCAAAUGCAUUUAGGCACAUGUCAAUACAGACACUCUAGACAUAUACACACAAACACACACUUGUUUACAUGUCUCAGCUCUAUCCCACAGUGCACUUUGGGGUUUUUUUUAUUGUUGUUUUUCCAUUUGGGACAGAGCAGAAUAUUGACAGUUGAAGGCUGUGUGUGCCUGGAUUUAUUCUGCGUUGUGCACUGUCUUCAACAUGACCCAUAUAAAGAGAU